UCUUUUUUUUUCUGCCUUGUUGUGUCUUUGCCAAAAACCAUGACAGUCAUUUCACAUGCACCUUCUGCUGAGGAGGUUCCUACAAAUACAUUAUCGCAACUGUGUACGGCAGACGAUGUGUCGCUUUUAUCGUGCAUCAACGAAGACGUCGAGACACUGGGCAGCGGGCACAUCACCGUAUCUAUCACCUCUCAAGCUUUUUUACCGCAACAAGCGAUCAUUGUACGCUUUUACAUGGCCGACGAUACUGAAGAGUUGAUAUCAAUUGUUCUUACUUCAACCUCGAAAGGGUGGCUGGAACAAAAUCAUGUUAUUGCAUUUCCAAGAUCGGACGGUGGGCUGUGGAAGCUGGACUUCACGGAAACUGAGCGGUCUAAUAUGGAUACUUUUCAGGAUAUCCUGACGUAUUUUAUAAAGUACGAGAAUCGGCACCAUAUGCACAAUACUUUAGCUUUCAUCGAUCCUGCUUCGUGUCAAGUCACUCAAGUGGUGGCUCACGAUGUGCAUCUAGAUGGCGAAGUCACGGAGCACAUCAGCAAGGACACCUCCGAUUUGGAUGAAGAUGACUUUAUGCGUACGGAGGACGACAAGGUUGGACAAAAGUUGCCUGUCAUGGUCAAUGGGGAUGACCGCACCGCGAGUGAUCCUUCGAGCAUUCGCAAAGUCCAGUUACUGAAUCAAUCCAGCAACGCCUUGGUACAAGGAUCCGACCGCAUUGCUAAUUCCCUAGUCUUUUCAGCGCAAGUUUUGGCACGCAAUAUCCAAAAUGGGACACGUAAUUUGGAAGCUCAAAUUCAACCUUCCUCCUCUCCUAUGCGACUUUCAGUGGAGGAACGAGAGAUGCUUGACAGGGUUCAUAAUGUGACAAGUAGCAUGCGUCAAGCGACGAGCAAUUUCCUUGACAAGGCUAUCUCAGCGACUAUCUCGGGUAUCCGUGCCUUGCGGGAAGACGAACCACGAAGCGAGCAACAGCAAGACCCAGUGAUGGAUGCAUCUCGUAAUUUCGGGUCUUCGGCCCUUCAGUCAGCCGCCAAGGUGGUUGGAGGCGUAGUGACCGCCGCAGGUGCCGUGUUGGGGUCAUCGCGAGACAGUCUGAUCCAGAUCAUUCAAAAGAAGUAUGGCGAUGAUGCACGGUAUCUUGCUGAGAAAACGCUGGGUUCCACAAGCAACAUGGUCGAUAUGUUGGUUUACUUUGACGCUCGUGGGAUUUCGAGACGCGUGGUGGUGAAUGGUGUGCAGAAAUUCGGACAAGCCAAGAACACGAUCAAUAGCCAAGGUACAGCUACCGCCGGUUAUCCAAGACAAGUCGUUUUUGAAAACACCGGCUUAUCCGAGUCAGAUGGUGCAUCCAUAGCCGGUCUACAAGACAAGAAAAGUCAAGACCAAGACGACGAGGAAACGCCUCACUUGCCGCCUCGUCCCAAGGCUUAAAAACUCACAUUUUUGUUACAGUGCCCUGUCUACUGUAUUGUAUAUCAUAUGUAGAUUCCUAUCUUCUCUGUAGAUAGUUAUUUAAACCUAUUGAAUUGUGAUACACUUCAUCUAAUAUAUACAAUCGAAUAAGAUUAUUCCCAUCUCUUUAUGUUCCG